GAGACUAUACCAUGAACUUGGUAGAUAUAGGUCUGCUAGCAGCUCGACAUAACUGUACAGAUCACACAGCUGCAUGCUUGCAACACGUCCAAAGUGUACCCUGCCCCCAUACGGUCAACAAUCCUUUUAAUAUUUCUAGCUCGGAAUAUUAUUGUUCUCUAGUCAUUGGAAUGUUCAGUUUGAAUGGACAAUUGUACGUGGACAUUUUGUUUGUCUGCGCAGGCUUCAUCCGACUAGAUCGAAAUUCAUGCAUGUAAAGCUUUUAUAUUACAACUGUAGGUACUAUUCCUUCUCUCUCUCUCUCGAGUUUUAUUAGACUGCUCGUCUCAGUAUCUCACGCAUGUGUAUGAUUUUGGGGGAGUAUAUAAUACAGUAUCAUCAUUCGAUUCAUAUUGAAGCCAUGGGCCUGUUUGUUGUGAUUGUGGUAUAUGUGUUGGGGUUGUUUGCCUGCCUGCUUGGAAUCGGACUGCUUGUCUUUGUGGCUGCUAUUCUUCGUACAGAGCAGAAGUUCAGUGACCUCCCAGGACCAAAGAGAGAUAGUUUCUUAUUCGGAAAUAUAUUUAGCAUCUUUGAAGCUAAGAAGAAGCUGGGUCAACCCAUCGGCCUUAUUAUCUACACACUUUCUCAGGACCAUGGGCCGGUAUUCUGGAUUCGAGUGUUUGCCAGAGGUCACGUUUUUGCAUCUGCUCCUGAAAUCGUAAAGGAAUUGCUUCUGAAUAGCCGUCACAUAAAGCCCCAGAGUUUCUACAAAAAUUUCCAGUACGUGUUUGGAGCUCGUUUCAUGGGCAAUGGUCUGGUGUCGGAAAUAAACCAUGAAAAAUGGUUCCAUAGGCGUGCCAUCAUGAAUCCUGCCUUCAGACGUAAAUACUUGAUGGGUAUGAUGGAGAAAUUCAACGCGGAAUCAGAAAAACUUUGUGAGCAUCUCCGGGAUAAAGCUGACGGAAGGAAUGAGGUCGAAAUGCUCAACGAACUCAACAACGUUACACUUGACGUCAUCGCAAAUGUAUCAUUUAGUAUGACAACGGGAGCCGUGGGAGAUCCUAGCUGCCCCUUUCCUGCAGCCGUAACGUUGGGCUUGAGAGGCAUGCAAACUAUAAUAGAUAAACCAUGGUAUUCUUUUGACCCACGAAGCGAGAGUCGGAAAACACGACAGGAAACGCGAGAGGCGGUGAAUCUCAUUCGGGAGACCGGUCGACAACAGAUCGAAGAACGUAUCGCCGCCCGUCAACGGGGUGAUCAUGUACCCAACGACAUCCUCACUGUGAUCCUCGAUUGCGCCAACGAUCUGGUGGGUGAUAAGGACUUCCAAAUGGAGAACAUGAUCGAUGAAUUUGUUACAAUCUUCUUUGCAGGCCAAGAGACAACGAGCAACUUACUGGCGUUUACAAUACAACAACUUGGUAGAAAUCCUGAUGUGGCAAAGAAAGUUCAAGCAGAGGUGGACGAGGUGUUAGGUCAGAAACCAUAUGUCGAGUAUGAUGAUCUGGCCAAACUCGAGUAUAUGAUGAGGGUUUUCAAAGAGACUCUGAGACUGUACCCUCCUGUCAUAGGCACUACUCGUGUCACUGCACAUCCGGUCAUUUAUAAAGACAUGACGAUUCCAGCAGGUGUUAGUGUGUCCGUUCUAUCUGUAGUGAUGUCGAGGAUGGAAGAAUAUUUCGAUGACCCUCUCCUUUUUAACCCUGAUCGCUUUAAGCCACAAGAGGACGAAAAUCUACCAAGACACUUUUACGCAUAUAUCCCGUUCUCUGUUGGACAACGUUCUUGCAUCGGUCAGCAGUUUGCCAUGAUCGAAGCACGGGUGAUCCUUGGAAAACUCCUGCAACGGUUUGAGUUUCAUUUGAACCAGUCUCAGCGCCUUGAUAUGCUUGAUGAACUUACUUUAAAACCACUGGACAAAUGCAAGAAUUACUUGACACUCAGGGCUUGACUGAUACUCCCCACCAACUGAAGCCCUAACACAACUUGACUAAUACCCCCACACUAAGCUUUAAACACUUUGGACAAACUGUUAUAAUUACCUGACACUCAAGGUUUGACUGAUACUCUACAACAAUCUUUAAUACCUCUGUACAACUACAAGAAUUACCUGACACUCAAGGUUUGACUGAUACUCUACACCAAGCUCUAAUACCUCUGUACAAAACAAGAAUUACCUGACACUCAAGGCUUGACUAAUACUAAACACCAAUCUUUAAUACCUCUGUACAAAACAAGAAUUACCUGACACUCAAGGCUUGACUGAUACUCUACAUCAAACUUUAAUACCUCUGUACAAAUACAAGAAUUACCUGACACUCAAGGCUCGACUUAUACUAAACACCAAGCUUUAAUACCUCUGUACAAAUACAAGAAUUACCUGACACUCAAGGCUUGACUUAUACUAAACACCAAGCUUCUAUACCUCUGUACAAAUACAAGAAUUACCUGACACUCAAGGCUUGACUGAUACUCUACACCAAGCUUUAAUACCUCUGUACAAAUACAAGAAUUACCUGACACUCAAGGCUUGACUGAUACUAAACACCAAGCUUCUAUACCUCUGUAAAAAUACAAGAAUUACCUGACACUCAAGGCUUGACUGAUACUCUACACCAAGCUUAAUUACCUCUGUACAAAUACAAGAAUUACCUGACACUCAAGGCUUGACUGAUACUCUACACCAAGCUUUAAUACCUCUGUACAAAUACAAGAAUUACCUGACACUCAAGGCUUGACUAGUAAUCUAUACCAAGCUUUAAUACCUCUGUACAAAUACAAGCAUUACCUGACACGUAAGGCUCCGCUGAUACUAAACACCAAACUUUAAAUUCCCAGUAGAAACACAAGCAUUACCUGACACUCAGGGCUUGACUCAUACUCUAUUAUCAGGCCUUGAAAUUACUGGACAAAUACAAAAACGUUGAUAAUUAAGACUAAAGUACACACUCUCCAAAAACCGUUUUCUGUAUUUAUUAUUAUCCAUACCUCUCUACAGACUCUUAAAUUGUUUAUGCUUUAAGCAAAUCAAUAUAGUUUUAAUGGUUAAGGAAAUAAGUGUUUAAUUGAGUUUGCUAUACCAUAUUGUAUCGAAUCAAUUUUAGCAGGCAAUUUUUUUCUUAUAGUAGCUAUGAGGACAAGCAUAUUUAUGAUAUGUCUUUUGAAAAUGAGUGAUAACGACUGACAUUUCAAGAUUAGAAUAUCUACUUAGUGAUCUUCCUAAAUAAAAGCAAAUGAUUUAGUGUGAAGGCAAAAAUAUUACGUUGAAAACGAUAUCAGAUAUAUUUUACACUUAUUAAUAUUUCAUAUAGACGUGUUUUUUCUAAUUAAUAUGGUAAACAGUUUUGAUAGAAGUGUUAUGUGAGAAAAUGCUGUUUCAACUUUAAUAAGUUCAUUUUCGAAUUUGUACGCAUGUGGUUUAAUACAUUUAUAUUUCUUCUUUAAUAUAAUAUGUAAGCUCUACCGGUUUAAAAUUGUACAUUUACACAAUAGACCAGGUAGUUUGAUAGCACAUGUACGUCAGGUCGCUGAUUUAAAAGAAAAUCGAUUUGAAUUUUACAAGUAAGUGAGGUUGGUGAAAAACGGACUGAUCAAGAUAGAUUCAGAGCCAAGAAUCAUAGAUAUUUUAUUUCGUAAAACAUCUGUUCUAUUGAAAUAAAACAAUAACAUUAGCACAGUAA